UUAGUGAAAUUAUUGUGGUACAUUAAUUGCCGUCAAUGACGAACGUAGACUGUUUUGCAUAUUUUAUUACGUAGGUUUGAUGAUUUUUCUAAUAACUCGUGUAACGUAAAUGCCCGUUACCAUCAACACCCUCAGUAAGGUCAACCAGUGUAGUACAGCGGUGACGACGUCAAAUCGAAUACUAAAUACACAUUAUUUUUUAAUAAAAAAAAACCCCAUAAGGAAGUAAGCUGAUUUGCUAUACACGUAAAUACGAAAAACGUUUGUGAUUAACAAUCCAGCUAGAAUGAUUUAUUUAAUGGUCUUUAACAAAACAAAUUUUAUAUUUUAACGUUCAUUCAGUAACCGACCGGCGACACUUAAACACACAUUAAAUAUACACGUGCGUAUGUGACAGUGAUCAAUUUUUAGUUACAUUUGAAACAGUGUGCGUUAUUUUUAGUAAAUCGCAAACUCGUUGUUAAAUUACUUUUGUUUUAUCUUAAAAUACUGUUCGUUGAUUUUGCGAGUGUUUAAAUGUGCUCAUUGAUCGGAUUACUUGGAUUACUCUCAUUAAUGUCGUAAUAUUUUUAAAAAUACUAUUGGACUCACUCAAGGCGGUUGCCCGAGAGCACCGCGAAUGGGAUGCAAAGUCAUCGUGGAUAUCAUCUGAACACUGUCGACGAACUCAGCCGAUAAGCAACCGAAACCAAAAUGGGUCUGACUUCGAUAAAGCUGCCGUACCAAUCGUCAAAGAAUCGGUUAUUUGGUGUGCCACCACGUCGUAUGUCGUCGGCUAGUUUCCAACCGAUACCGACUUUCAACGUUAAUGAUCCUUUCAACAACGAUUAUCAUCGGGCACCCAACCGGCGAAAUGUGAACGCCAGAAGGAAUGCCGUGCCAAUCAAUAUGCUCGUGUCUCAGAGAGGGAUAAGCAACAGUCGAUUAGCAGUAAUUUUAGUCGGUGUUGUUGCCUUAAUAGCAGGAUUGAUACUGUCUUCAGUUCCUUGGGUACAUUACAUAGUAUUAAAAAACUUAAAACUUUGGAAUGGUACGCUAAGUUAUCAUUACUGGCAAAAACCCGGAGUUUUAAGACUGACAAAAGUAUUCAUAUUUAAUGUCACCAAUCCGGAUGGUUUUUUGCAUAAUGGAGAAAAACCAAAACUUCAAGAAGUUGGGCCAUUUGUUUACAGAGAAGAUAUGGAAAAAGUAAACAUAAAAUUUCAUAAUAAUGGAACUGUAACUUAUCAACAUAAAAAAAUUUUAGAGUUUAUGCCUCAUUUAUCAGUUAUAGCAAACGAUGAAGUAAAAUUAACUGUUCCAAACAUUCCCUUAUUAACAUUAACUACGCAAGCUAACAGUUUACCGUCAUUAUUAAGAAGUUCACUCUCUGCCAUAUUAAGGUUUUCUAGUCUUACUCCUUUCAAACACGUAACUCCACAGCAAUUAGUAUUUGGAUAUGAUGACCCGUUGACUUCUUUAGCCAAUACUUACUAUCCAAAAGGGAAAAGACCGCCCAAACAGAUGGGAUUAUUCUUAUUAAGAAAUGGAACACUGAAUGAAGUUUCAACGAUCUACACCGGUCACACUGGAAUGGAUAAAUUUGGACUUCUCGACCGAAUAAACGGAAUGGACGAGUUGCCAUUUUGGAAAGGUUCACCUUGUAAUUCCAUUAGAGCAUCUGAAGGUUCGUUUUUUCCUCCGAGAGAGAUAACAAAGUCUGACAUAGUGCAUAUUUACGACAAAGAUUUGUGUCGAGUUUGGGCCCUAAGAUAUCGCAAAGAUAUAGUCAAAGACGGCGUGACAGCUGGAUACUACACGCCUGAUGAUAAUUUAUUAGAAACUUCUGCGGUUAAUCCUGAUAAUAAGUGUUUUUGUGAGGAUAGUACUGAUUGUACCAUUAAAGGGUUACAAUACAUUGGACCAUGUCAAUUCAAUGCUCCAGUAUACUUAUCUUUUCCUCAUUUCUAUAAUGCCGAUCCAAAGCUAUUGGAGGACGUCGAAGGAUUACAACCUGACCAAGAAAAACAUGAAACUUUUAUGAAAAUUCAACAGAGAUUAGGAGUACCCUUAGAGGCAAGAGUUAAGGUUCAGCUUAACUUAAAAGUUGAACAAUCAAAUAUUUACCCUACAUCCAAUUUUAGGAGUAUAGUUUUUCCAAUUAUGUGGCUUGAAGAGGGUGUAGGAGAUUUACCAGAAAAUAUACAGCGUUGGAUAUAUUUAGCCACUACUUUUGUAGAUACGGCUGUCCCUUUAUUCACUUAUGGAUUAAUACUUGGAGGUACAUUAAUACUUGUAACUGUAUUUGUUCGUACUUAUCAUCAAAUAGUAUUUAAUCGUGAAAAUAUUGAACGGGGUACCCAGAGAAUAUUAAGAAGAGGUAGCAGUAUUUUGAUCAAUGGACAGCAAAGAUUGCUUAUUGUGCGAGACUCUUAUCAUCGAUUAAGUCAAGGUAUACAAGAAACUGAUGUAGAUGCUCAACAACUAUUAUCUCCCGAAUAGUUUGAACAGUUAUCGUACAAUUAAUUGAGUGAACGAUUAUUUGGGGUUUUAAAAUAAAUAGUGAAAAUCAUGCAAGGUAUUCAAAUCAAAUUAUAUGAAUAAAAUGUAAUGAUUGAUGAUCUUUAUAUUUGAUAAACCUCUUAACUGUGAUAUCAGCAACAAUAAAAAAAAUUCGUAAGACACUAAAACAAAAGAAUUUCUUGAAUCAGACUGUGAUACGAAUAAUUUUAUUUAGAUGAAAACAAUAUUUUUUUAAUUUUUAUAUUAUAUUAUGAAUAAGAAACAAAGUAAAUCAAACUUCAAGAUUAUAAUAUAUUAAUUUAUGAAUCCAUCGUUUUUUCGAUUGUCUUUAUUCUUAAAGAAACUUUUUAUAUUAUAUUAAUUAAUUUUUAUUAUAAAUAAUUUUUUUUUAAUGUAAAUAUCUUACAUUUUUUGACAUUUACGUAUAUAUGUCAAAUUGUAAGCAUUUUGACAUGCUAACUUAAACCAUACGCGUGUACUAUAAUGUUAGUAAAUGUAUUAAUUUAAUUUAAAUUAUUAAUGGUUCGUAUUCAAAUUAUAGUAAUAUAAAAAAUUUGCAAUACAACCUUAAAAUGGAACCAAAUGUUAAACGAUAAUAUCUGUAUAUUUAAAAAUUUUCAGUAUUUUACUUAUUAUUAUACAAAAUUAGUUUUAAGUAUUAGUAUAAUUUUGUUAUAAUUGUACAUUAAAUCUAUUUGUUGUACUACGUCCAUUCAUAUGUACUUUUCACUUCAUCAUAAUACAAUUAUCAUAAAAUUGAGUAACAAAUUUUUAAAAAUUCUUAAAAACAUAAAAGCUCAAUUGAAAAUUUAAAUUAAUAAUAUAGUUAUUAAAAAUAUUGCACACCCAUAUUGCUCAAGUAGGAAAUCAAAUUUGUUGAAAAUGUUUAUCAUUGUUACCAUAUGAAUAUUAAAGAUAAGAGUUUAGCAUUUUUUUUAUUUGUUUAUUUUAUUAAGAAUUAUAUUUUUUAAGCCAAUAAUUUUUUAUGUAUGAUUUGGAACAGUACUUCAAUAUGUUUUAGUAAAUGUUUUCCUGCAAUAAUUAUCGUACCAAACGUUUUUUGUUUUCACCGUGUAUUUCAUUAUUUCAAUUUUUUGUAUAGAUAAAUUUAAGGAAUGUAAUUUAAGUAUAAAUUGAUAAUGCACUUCGGGAUAAUAAAAU